UUUACACACAACCUGCGCGAGGGGAGGCGGCAUCACACCAGUGUGAGCUCUCGCGCAGUCCAGAAAAUACAACCGUCGCUCUCGAGACAGAGGUUUGCAGGAGUUGGAGGAGUAAUUGUGCUCACAGAGCUCUAGCAGCGAGACGCACGCACUCCCUGGUAAGAAUAGUUCUGCAAGGGAAUAAAGAGAAGUCUGAAAUCAUCCACACCGUCACCAAGGACUGUUUUAUAUGACGAACUGCUAAGAAGAAGCAGAACAAGUUAUUUCGCGCGUUUCUCCACUGUCACUACAUGGCAUCAGUUCUUGAAAACAACACCCGCACCUCGGGAACUCCGAGCAGUCAAGUCAAAUGCAAGUUCAAAAGGAGGAGGAGAAGAAGGUCAAAGAGAAAAGAGAAAGUCAGCAUGCUCUCUGCAUUGAUCGCUCCCUUCAAGUACAUGAGCCCAGGGACCACCAGCACAGAGGAUGAGGACACUUUAAGCACCAGUAGCACUGAGGUCAAAGAGAACCGAAAUAUUGGUAACCUAGAGGACUGCUGUUCUAUUGUCCCCGGCGACCGCCAAUCACUGUUCAAAUCGGACACAUCUAGAGGUGGGACUUCCGGUCUGAAGAGGAAGCGGCCGUUGGAGGAGGACAAUAACGGACACCUGUGCAAACUCCGUCUGAUCUACAAGAAACUGUUGUGGUCGGACUCACCAAAGAAUGCCCUGGUGCAGCUGAAUGAGCUGAGGCCAGGCCUCCAGUACCGCAUGGUAUCCCAGACCGGCCCGGUCCACGCACCCCUGUUCUCAAUCGCCGUAGAGGUGAAUGGCCUCACCUUCGAGGGCACGGGCCCCACCAAGAAGAAAGCUAAGAUGAGGGCGGCCGAGCUGGCCCUCAAGUCCUUCAUUCAGUUCCCCAACGCUCCUCAGGCUCACCUGGCCAUGGGUAACCAUGGCAACCCCUCUGCAGACUUUACCUCGGACCAGGCGGCAGACUUCCCAGACACUCUGUUCAAGGAGUUUGAGCCGUCGUCAUGUGGUGGUGUAGUCGGCGACAGCUUCUCCCUCUACCGGUCGGCGUCGGAGAAGAGCGAGCUGCGCCUCUCCAGCGCCCUCCGGCACGGCCGAUUACUUCGCCACACGUUGGACUUAAUGGUGCAGGCCAAGCAGCGGCUGGCAGGGGUCCCUGUGACCAUCCCCGCCGAGGCCCCCAAGACCCCUGUGGUGCUGCUCAACGAGCUGCGUCCAGGCCUGAGGUACGUGUGCCUGUCCGAGAGGACAGAGGGGCGGCGGGCGCGGAGCUUCAUCAUGGCAGUCCGUGUGGACGGGAGGAUAUUCGAGGGCUCUGGACGCAGCAAGAAGCUGGCCAAGACCCAGGCGGCCCAGUGCGCUUUGCAGGCCCUCUUCAACAUCAGGCUGGCUCCUGAGGGGAGAGGAGGCCUUAAACCCAGCAGGAAUAGAUGCCCUCAUUUGCCCCAGGACUUUGCCGAUUCAAUAUUCCGCUUGGUGAGGGAGAAAUACCACGAACUGGCAGACAGCUGCACCCCCAUGCAUGCACGACUCAGAGCCCUGGCAGGCAUCGUAAUGACCAGAGGUUUGGACCUGAGACAAGUCCAGGUGGUAGCGUUAUCUACCGGGACCAAAUGUAUCAAGGGAGAAUACAUCAGUAACCAAGGACUGGUGGUCAACGACUGUCACGCUGAAAUCACAGCCAGGAGAGCCUUGGUUCGCUACCUCUACUCUCAGUUAGAGCUCUUCUUAAGCAAAAGGCGAGAGGACUGGGAAGAGUCGAUAUUCGUCCGGCACAAGGAGUCAGGGUACCGGUUGAGGGACAACGUCCAUUUCCAUAUGUACAUCAGCACGUCACCCUGCGGAGACGCUCGCCUCAACUCGCCCUACGAAAUCACCACAGACCUGCACAGCAGCAGACACCUGCUGAAGAAGUUCCACAGCCACCUGAGGACCAAGAUCGAGUCCGGGGAGGGGACCCUGCCUGUGAGGUCCUCCAGAGGGGCAGUCCAGACCUGGGACGGGGUACUGCAAGGGGAACAGCUCAUCACUAUGUCCUGCACAGACAAGAUCACAAGAUGGAACGUCCUGGGACUGCAGGGGGCAUUGUUGAGUCACUUUGUGGAGCCGGUGUACCUCCACAGUCUGACGGUGGGCAGUCUCAGACACCCGGGUCACUUCAACAGGGUGAUGAGUCAGAGACUGGAGUGCCUCGGACCGCUGCCCGCAACUUACAGACGCAACCAGCCUCUUCUUAGUGGUCUGAGUGUCAGCGGUGAGUGUCGUCAGCCGGGGAAGUCUCUGUGUGUCAGUGUGAACUGGACUUGUGGGGACGGUCAGCUGGAGGUGGUCAACGCGGCUACGGGACGGAAGAGGGACUCUGGGACGCCAUCAAGGCUCUGCAAGCACGCUCUGUUCACCCGCUGGGCAAGGCUGUACCGCAAGUUGAGUAUCCAUGCUUCCGGGCCCGUGGACCAGCCACUGAUGUACUGUGAGGCCAAGAUGGCUGCCGGCUCUUACCAGACUGCCAAACAGCAGUGGCUCAGAUCGCUACAGGAGACAGGCCUGGGAACCUGGGUGAAGAAACCUCCAGAGCAGGAGAGCUUCCUGCUACAGGACUAAGACAUUUCACUCCAUUCCAGCCAUUAUUAUGCACACGCACACCAGCUUCCUGUGGUGUGCGUGUCCGUGUUCAUCCGUCCGUUUGCGUGCGUGUCUUUAGAAGGAGCAUGUGGCAGUUGGCUUUAUUGUUGUCCGCUAACUUUGGUUUGCUCUACAAGCCUCCAUCUCCUCCUCGGCAAAAGCCACCUUUUAUGUCGGUCGUUCAAGUUCCACCCAAAAAAUAAAAAAUGAAAACGGGAAUGAAAGAAAGUGGGUUUGAUCGGACCUCUCCUUCAUUAUCCCGCUGGUCCCUGGUUGUCAUGUCAAAGCCGGGGAGAAGGCAGGAAAGAAGGCAGGGUAACCUUGGUCAAUGUGAAAGGCAGCCGCUAUCUUGUCAUCAGCCAUUUGGGGGCGGCGGUGCGCCUGCAGAGAUCCAGCGGGAUGGGGGACAGGGCCAGCCAAUUACAGAGCCUGUCAUUGUGACGUGUGAUGGACAGAGAGAUGGAGAAAGAGAAAAGGACCACAAAGAACCAGAUAGACAACUCACCGUUACACACACACACGCCCGCUUGCCACAGGCCCAGUUCACAUAUAUCUCACCUAUCUCUCUCCCUUUUCACAGCAUCUCUUUGUCUGUCCAUCUCCUCCUUUUUCUCUAUCACUUCAUCUUUCGACCCCCUUUCUAUCCCUCUGUUCCUCUCUGCCAUCUUCAACCCCCUCUCCUUCACCGAUCUCAUUCUCUCCUCCUCUCUCCCCUCUCUCUCGCCUCCUCUCCACCUCUCUCCGCUCACUUCUGACUCUAACACAAGUCACGAAGCUAGAGGUUCUGACGUGGCCACGACAGGUUAAUUCCACCUGCUCUUAGUGGCACAAAGGGAAUAGAGGAGAAUGGAGGUGAUAGCAACAUAACUGCUUCCAUUAGCCCACACUGGGGUUCCCCUUUCAGAUAGAACACCACAGCCAUCUUAGCUUCUUUAAUACCUGUCAUUAACGCUCUGAGUUGAUUUCACCUUUUUACCUUUGUAGUCAGGUCUCUCGCUGUAAUUGGAAUGGCACAGUUUUCCCCCGUUUUUUUUACCACUUACAGGUUGAUUAUAAAGGGGGGUUGAUUAACGCACAAUAGAGCAGUCGUGAGCCUGACUUGUUAGCUGCGCUCACUUUGAGCUGGUGUAAAAGGGUUGUGACUAACCUGCUACAGUGGUUUGGUUGACGAGCGAUUACCUGCAAUGAUGGGAAGGACUCAGAAUGGACUGACAUUCAGUCAUCACUGGGAGAAAAACAAUAAAUACAACCCUACUUAACAAAAUGCAUUUUGGUGUUUAGUUGCGGAGUCAUUAACUCUCUACUGGCCCUACUCUAUAGUCCAGGUGCUGGGUGGUAGCGAGGGACCGUUCUCUUCUUUGUUUCACAUCCUCACUACUCCCCAAGCCAGUCUGUAAAGGUUCAGAACGCUAGAACACACUACACGCUAUCAAAUGUCACCUGUAAAACACUGACUUCUCAACCCUGGCCAUGUUUGUCCACGUUGGCCCCCUUACUUUAUGUUUGUGUUCAUUUCAAAUGUCCUAUUUUCACCCCCCGUUUAAUCUUGAAAAUAUGCUUUAUUUUAGUAUUACAAGGUUUUGUUUUUACAUGUGUGAUGUUCCAAUGUAGGAAUAAGUUAACGUUAUAUGCAUACAUUAUCGUCAUGUUGUUUAAAUCCUCCCACCUUACUCUGACACUUUCCUUGGAGUUAACGAAGAGAACAGUCCAGGCUAUUAUAUUAAACACAGUAACAGUGUCACCUAGUGGUCAUAGUUCUUAUGUGUCAGUGUUGUUACUUGUCCAUCACUCUCCUCUGCCUCAGAUCCCAUUUUGGUAGUGUGUAAGGUCCACCGGGCAGGUAGACUGUAGGAAAUAGUGUCACAGUCAUUUCUCUGAUAUAGUGUUCCAACGGACAAGAAUGUGGAUCAUCAUUAUCAUCAAAGUGGGAUAUCGUUUUUUCAAUUGGAAAAGUUCCAGAAUAGCAGGAGUAGGUCUUUAAGUUUUUAUAAAAUCCUCCCUGUCCCCGUUAGUUGAGUAGAGAUCCAGUGAAGGUUGUUCUCUUUUAUAAAGAGAACCCACCCCUUGUCAAGGCUAGUAUGACCCCAAUCACAGAUCACUAGAUGCAUGUCAUACAUACAUAAACACAGUGCACAUCAGGGUUGGGGUAAAUUCCAUUUAAAUGCAUUGUCUGAAUUGAAAUGGAAUUGACCCUAACCCUGGUACACAUAGGACAUUAUGUGGAGUGAUAAUGAACCAUGAAUAAACUCAAACUCUUUUGUCAUCUUCAUACACAUACAUGUGUUGUAAAGAAUAAUCUAACUAGUUUUCCCUCUGAAGGUUCAUCUUGUACAUAUUUCUCUUUUAUUUUCUAAUUCGCUCUAUUAUUAAAUGUAGAGGCACAUUCUGUUGGAAGCUUGUGGUAUGUUUUACCAGUUAUUUUUCAUAGUCAUUCAAUUAGUCAAACAUACACUAUAUAUACAAAAGUAUGUGGACACCCCUUCAAAUGAGUGGAUUUGGAUAUUUCAGCCACA